AUGAUGGAUCUAGCACGGGUCAAGCACCGGGUGAAGACAGCGAAGUCAUAUUACGCCCUCGGGCAACAUUUCCUGAUCCUUUUAGACGAGGAAACCAUCUCCUUGUAUAAGUCAGCUGAAAUAUUUAACCAUCCUGAUGUUAAUGCUGAGGAACCUUGGUUUGGUAUAGAGCAAGAGUAUACUUUGUUUCAGCAACAUGCCAAAUGGCCAGUUGGGUGGCCCGUGGGAGGAUUUCCUGGACCUCAGGGACCGUACUAUUGUGGGAUUGGCGCUGAUAAAUCAUUUGGUCGUGAAAUAGUCGAUGCCUACUAUAAAGCAUGUCUUUAUGCUGGCAUCGAAAUUAGUGAGUUUCAAGUUGGUCCAGCAGUGCCAGUGGGAAUCUCUGCAGGAGAUCAGCUAUGGGUGGCUCGCUACAUUCUAGAGAGGAUAACAGAGAUUGCUGGAAUUGUUCUCUCUUUUGAUCCAAAGCCUAUUCCGGGUGACUGGUAUGGAGCCGAUGCUCAUACAAAUUACAGUACGAAAUCCAUGAGAAGCGAGGAAGGAAAACAUGAAACAGCUAACAUCAAAACAUUCAAAUGGGGCAUGGCAGAUCGCGAAGCCUCGAUUAGGGUUGGCAGAGAAACAGAGAGGGAUGGCAAAGGUUAUUUUGAAGACAGGCGGCCAGCUUCAAACAUGGAUCCCUAUGUUGUGACUUCCAUGAUUACAGAGACAACCAUCCUCUGGAAACCUUAA